GAAAGUGUGUUCAGUCGUUGGAAAACGACUGUAUGUGUCGAUUGCGGUGUUUAUCACCCAAGAUUAAUAAGAUUUUGAGAUUAUUUCGGUUUUGAUUAUGGUGUUAUUGGUGGUACUUUUGGUGUGUUUGGCGGUAGUUGUCGCGUAUGAUCCGUCGGAUAAGGAGUUGAAGGCUGUGUUACCACAAACGGGGACGUUCGAGGCGUUCUACCUUCGUGGAGAGGAGACUGGAUCGGCCCGAGCGGCGCAUUCACACGGAAGCUUCUACAAGCAUAGAAAUCCGGCCCUGGUUGAUGCUAAAAAUGCGGCUGCUUAUGGAUACCGAUUCGAUGGGGGUAGAAGGUUUAAUUAUAAUUGAAUAUAUUUUUGAUUGUAAUAUUGAUUUUAGCAAAAUGUAAAAAUAAAAAAAUUGCAAUGA